GAUGUUAUAUCACCAAAGAAACGUAAAAUUUGGUCUAAAAUAGUAUGGAGUGAUCAGGAUCACCAAAUAAUAUGCCCAAAAAGACGGUUGACAUGUCCAGCUUUUGUAUCAUUUUUAAGUGCCAUUUCAAAAUUUGAACAACCAUAUUGGAAAAUAUAUGGAGAAAAAUACGCAGAAUUUUCAUUAUCAUUAGUUGAAUCUAAUUGUCCACCAACAUUGAAAGAAUUAACAAAAUUACAAAUUUUGCAGAG